AUGUCCAAGCAUUGGGAAUCCUUGGAAAUUGCGUGCGUUACAGUCCAUGUGACAGAAUUUAAACCGAGUAUUGUCUUUCUGUCGGAGAGUAAGUUAAAUAGAACUCAGGCAGAAAGGGUUAGUAGGAUAUUACAGUUUGAUAAUUUCUGGGCUGUUGAUCGGGUGGGAUUAAGUGGUGGAUUAUUGUUGUUGUGGUCUAAUAAGGUAACGCUUCGGGUUGAUUCGAGCUCGCCGGGACAUAUUGUGGCAGGAGUGGCUAGGCAGGGGGUUUUGCCAUGGUUUUUUACAGGUUUUUAUGGUCACUCCGAUGCUUCUCAACGACAUUUUUCUUGGCAAUUAUUACAGAGAAUUAAGAGGGAGGUGUCGGGGCCGUGGUUGUGUGUUGGUGACUUUAAUGAAAUUGUUUCGGCUUCGGAAAAAGUGGGUGGUCGUGAUAGGUUAUCAGGUGCCAUGGAUAAUUUCAGAGAGACAGAACUCACAUGGUGUAAUGGCCAUGAAGUUAAUGGUGUUAUGGAGCGGUUUGAUAGAGGGCUUUGUAAUGUUGAAUGGCAUAGGGAAUUUGAUGGGGCUGAUAUUGAUGUUCUCGAUUGGUUUCAGUCGGAUCAUAGGGCCCUUGUGAUUGAUGUUCCACUUUGGGAUUCCGUGGAUACGUGUAUUAGACGAAGAAGUAGGUUCCAUUUUGAGGAGACGUGGUGUGAGGAGACUGAGUGUGUGGAGGCAAUAGAUCAGUUUUGGUAUGAUGGAAUGGAAAUGAAUGCUGCUGGUAAUUUUAGGAAGCGGGUGGAUGAUUGUGCAAAAUCUCUUCAUCACUGGAAUAAAAAGAGGAAGAAGGAGAAUGAUAGGAAUAUUUCCAAAGUUAGACACCUUUUGAAUGAGUUGACAUCGACUCAAAACCCAAGUAAUUGGUUGGGUAUUAAGGUUGAAGAGAAGAAAUUGAAUGGAUUGUUAGACAAAGAUGAGAAGUAUUGGCAUCAACGAAGUCGAGCUAUGUGGUUACAAAGUGGAGAUUGCAAUACUAAAUAUUUUCAUCAGAAGGCUACAGCUCAAAAGAAGAAAAACGAGAUCAAGGGGCUGUUAGAUAAUAUGGGAGUUUGGCAGAAUGAUAAGUUCCUAGUCCAGGAGAUCAUUGGAGACUAUUUUUGCAAUUUGUUUACUGCUUCGGAGGAACAUGAGCAGGUGACGGAUGCUGUGCUACAAGUUGUGCCUCAGAAAGUUACACCUGCGAUGAAUGAGGAGUUGGGAAGGCCUUUCAAAGCUGAGGAAGUUGUGUUUGCGGUGAAACAAAUGAAUUCGUCUAAAGCUCUGGGAAAGGAUGGGUUACCAGCUCUAUUCUAUCAGCGCUUUUGGCCGAAGGUUAGAAAGAAUGUGGUUGCAGUGUGUCUUAAUAUACUUAAUAAUGAUGCCCCAGUUGAUUGUCUAAAUGAUACGAUUGUUGCUUUAAUUCCGAAGGUUGAGAAGCCUGAGAAAGUGGAGGAGUUUCGGCCUAUCAGUUUGUGUAAUGUGAUUUAUAAAAUUGUUUCCAAGUGCCUUGCUAAUAGGCUGAGAAGCUCUUUGAAUUUGGUGAUUUCUACCUCUCAAAGUGCUUUUGUUCAGGGCCGUCUCAUUCAUGAUAAUGCAAUUGUGGGAUUUGAAGGUUUACAUUGUAUGAGGAAGAAUAGGUUUCGGAAUGGCACGAAGGUUACAUUGAAACUUGAUAUGGCUAAAGCAUAUGAUCGCGUGGAGUGGCGAUUCUUGAGGGCAAUGAUGCUACGGCUGGGGUAUGAUAGUGCUUGGGUUGGGAAGAUUAUGGCUUGCAUUACUUCUGUGAGUUUUUCUUUUUUGUUGAAUGGUGAAGUUGUGGGUAAUAUGGUUCUUGAGAGGGGAUUGAGGCAAGGAGAUCCCCUAUCUCCAUUUUUAUUCCUCUUUUGUGCCGAGGCUUUUACUAGUUUGAUUACUAAUGAAGAAAAUGCGGGAAGGUUACAUGGCCUUAAUUUUGGUCGUAAUGGGUUAUCGGUUUCACAUUUAUUUUUUGCUGAUGAUAGCUUGAUCUUUUUUGAGGCUAAUGAGAAGGAGUGUGAGGGGUUCAAAGCUCUAUUGGAUAAUUAUGCUAAGGCAUCUUGUCAGGUGGUAAAUUUUCAUAAGUCAGAGAUGUGUUUUGGUAAGAGGGUUCCAAGUGUGGUGCGAGACCGAUUGGCUGCUAUAAUGGGGGUUCGAGUGGUGGAAAACUAUGGGAAGUAUCUUGGCUUGCCUUCAUUCGUUGGUAGAACCAAGAAAGAGCUCUUUGCGGUCAUCAAGAAUAAAGUUUGGAACAAAGUAAGGGGUUGGAAGGCGUCAUUGUUUUUGGUUGCUGGUAAGGAGGUGUUAAUUAAAGUUAUUUUGCAAGCGAUUCCAACCCUAAAGAGAAGGGGCAUUGGGUUUUGGGUUUUGGGAUUAUUUAACAAAGCUCUCCUAGCAAAGCAAGUUUGGCGAUGUAUUCGAUUUCCCAAUUCACUUUGUAGUAGGGUCCUCAAAGAGAGUUAUUUUCCAAAUGGUGAGGUGUUAGAUGCUAAGUGUGGUUCUAAUGCAUCAUUUGUUUGGAGGAGCUUGGUAUGGGGUAAGGAAAUAAUUCAGAAGGGUUAUCGCUGGCGCAUUGGGGAUGGGAAUAAUGUUCGGGUGCUUGAAGAUCAAUGGCUUCCUCGACCGAUCAGUUUCAAGAUUUUUGAUACUCCAUCACUCCCUAGUCAAUUGUAUGUCACUGAUUUGAAGAAUGCAGAUGGUUCUUGGGAUGCUAUGUUUAUUAAUGGGGUGUUCAGUAGAGAUGAUGCUGAGUUAAUAUUGGGUCUUCCUAGUACUGAUUGUGACCUUCCAGAUAAAAUUAUGUGGCAUUACAGUAAAAAUGGUGAGUAUUCGGUUUGGAGCGGGUAUAGAUUAGCUUCUGAUUUGUUGGAGGACUCGCAGUCUGAUAUUAGUAGAAUGGUUGGGUGGUGGAAAUGUCUGUGGAAGAAGAAGCUGCCUCCUAAGGUGAAGCACUUUGUGUGGAAGAUCAGUCAUUCAUGGAUUCCAACGAAGGUGUCACUUGCUCGUCCAGGUAUGGCCAUUGACAAGACAUGUUUUUGGUGCGCUGAGGGGUUUGAGGAAGAUGUGUUUUGUGCGUUGUGGGGCUGUCGGAGUACUUACGAUAUAUGGAAGCUGAGUGGGUUGUGGGAUCAAAUGAAAAGGCAGCGAGCUUCUGAUGUUAUUACAUUCUUGGUGGGGUUGAGGAAUUCUGUUCUUCAUGGGGGUUCGGCUCCACGAGCGAGUGAUGUGUUGGAAUGGUGUGGAAGGUAUAUGACGGAUUUUAGUGAUGUUGGGCCGCAAUCGAAGCUACAACAGCAGCGUGCUCAAGCGAAAUGGGAUCUGCCUAGCCAUGGCCAUUGUACCAUCAAUGUGGAUGCUGGAGUUCGGGGGCUGUACCAGGUGGGAUUGCAUAGGAGUUUGCGUGGGUUUCGGGUGGAAUCUGAUUGUAGAGAGGCGGUGCAGCUUGUGCUUAAUGCAGAUCAUGGUUGUCAUGAGGCGGACAGUUUGGUGAUGAAAAAUUCGCAGGCUAUUGACUACUUCGGCUGUGACAGGACUCUUUUUUGUGUUCGGGAAGCUAAUAAAGCGGCUCAUUUGUUAGCCAAAUAUGCUUUGGAUUGUGAAGCAAGUGCUAUGUGGAUUGGGGUGAUACCCCCUUGUGCUAGUCAUGCUAUUGUGCAUGAUUUGCUUAAUCCUUGUAAUGUUUGA